AUGACAAUUAAUGAUUCAUGUUCUUGCUUAUUCAUUCCACUGAGGGAAUCAUCGCUCAAAAAAUUACCUCAACAGCAACACAGUGUAGUAGUGUCUAAUAUGUCCCAGCCAAACCAAGCACCCACCCAACAGCGAUGUUUCCUCCUUUCCUUUCGUCUUCCAUUAUUGACCCUAGUUUUUCUUUAUACCUAUUCAUUUACUCCUCCUGCUUCACAUCAUUGUGAAGUUGUUUAG